AUGUGCCCCAUUCCCAAAGAGUCACGGGGUUUCGUUGUGGACGAUGGCAUGUGCGAUUGCUGGGCUGACGCAGACUAUACACCGCCUGAGGAGCUCGACCACCUCAUGAGUGAACGCGAAUGCGAACAAGCGCAGGAUGAGGAAUCAGAGCUAGAAGAUUUCGAGAUUCCGACGCCACGCAGGGCUAAAUCGUUUCAGCAGCGUCUAGCCGAGAAGAAGACGCGCGCAAAGCGGUUGAACAUGGCGAACGAAGCUUGCCGCUGGCGUAUGCACCAAGCAAAGACCAAACAAGUCCUACCACCCACUCCCAAGUCCGCGAAGAAUCCUACGUCCAUGAAGAAUAUGGCUCCUCCUGCAUAG